AUGGCCAAAGGCGCCAAGGACCAGCCUGAUGCUGGGUUGAAGAGUCUCAAUCACUACUCGAAUCAAUUACCCCUCUGGCGCUACUGGCCGCGACAGAAACUCAUUCCACUCAUUCGAUAUGAAACCCCAUAUCUCGCGUGGUUACAGGAGAAAGUCCGCACGCCCACGCUGGAUUCAUACUUCGCGUUCACGGCCAACCUCGGCACUCACACAUUUUUCAUGGUCUUCCUGCCCUUCCUGUUUUGGUGCGGCCAUACCAGCCUCGGUCGAGGACUAGUGCACAUUCUCGCUUCUGGGGUAUUCUUCAGCGGCUUCAUCAAAGACUUGUUAUGCCUGCCCCGGCCACUAUCUCCGCCACUUCAGCGGAUCACUCAUUCGGGGUCAGCGGCGCUGGAAUAUGGAUUCCCUUCGACGCAUUCCACUAACGCCGUCUCGGUGGCCGUGUAUGCAAUCGCACUGCUCAAUUCGCCUGAUUCGACCGUUAGCCCGCAAACCAACCUCAUCCUUCAAAGCGUCACAUACCUUUACGUCACAUCAAUCGUGCUGGGUCGACUUUACUGUGGCAUGCACGGAUUCUUCGAUGUUAUCGUUGGGUGCGCUCUGGGCGCAUUGAUUGGCAUGGUUCAGUAUACUUAUGGACCAGCCUUUGACGAUUAUAUUCUGUCCGCAACUUUGAAGGAGAUCUUAGUUGUCCCUCUAGUGAUCCUGAUUUUGGUGCGGAUUCAUCCGGAGCCCGCCGAUGACUGCCCUUGCUUCGAUGACAGUGUUGCAUUUGCCGGUGUUACUCUCGGCGUGGACGUGGGAUCAUGGUAUUUUGCUCAGUUAUCUAGCCUCGCUUGGACAGACCCGUUGCCUGGUACAAUUCCGUACAACUACGAGAGCAUUGGCCUUGCGAAAACGGUGAUUCGAUUAGUGGUAGGAGUGUUGUGCGUCUUUGCGUGGAGAGAGGUCACAAAGCCUACGCUGCUACGCAUCUUGCCGCCGGUCUUCCGCAGCCUAGAAAAACUUGGCCUCCUCUUGCCUCGACGAUUUUUCACUACGGCUUCUCGCUAUACUACCGUGCCGUCCAACUUGAAGGACCAUGAAGUGCUUCCCAAUUUUUCUGACAUUCCAUCUAUCAUCACGACUAUCCGCCAUCCUCGUCGUCGUGCUAUAUCUAUAGGACCUCAAUCUGAAGCUGAUGCAUAUGAGACCUUGGCCUAUCGGGAGAAACGUCGACGGGAAAGCCAGUCUGGGAGCAACCGCGACUCCCCGGCCGAUGAAAACGGCAAAGCAAAUGGGGGCCCCAUUCUCCCAAGAAAGGCCUCGAAGCUCGAUGAGUACGAACACAUGAUGGGAAGAGGCAGUCCAAACUCUUCUACGGUGGAGAUAGACACCAAUAUUCCUCGAUCGUCGCCCCUUCCCCCGCCUGCUUUUGAUGGGUCGCAACGAGAUGAGAAAGAGGUGUUUGCUCAGAUUAAGAAACCUCGUGUCCGUUAUGAUGUAGAGGUUGUGACCAAACUGGUCGUAUACGCAGGGAUUCCAUGGGUGGUCAUUAAUGUGGCACCCCCGUUUUUGAAGUGCUGGGACUUGGAGUCCCUAAUUAGC